AUGUCAACCCAUACUGAACUCCCUCCCAACACUUCUGAGCCGCCAAAAAGGGCAUCGCAAGAGCUCGCAGAGCCCGCAGAGCCCGUUGGGUCCAUGGGCCCUCUAUCCUCAAGCGGUCUCACCCUCCAAGUCGAUUUCGCUUGGUCAAAGUUCCGCAACGUAGUAGCUUCUAAAGGUGUUGAUCAACAGCUCACGCCGCUCUACGUUCAGCAUUUCCGCCCUGCAAAGCCUCAGUUGCGCUUCGAGCGCGCGUCAGAUCAGACCAUCAUCGCGAAAGGCACCAUUCACAGUUUCUCCAUCAGUGGCGAUUGCAUCAUCCAUGGCCAAGAAGUCAUUUUGAAGCCACUGAAACGCUGGAAGACCAAGUACAACUACCUCUCGCAUGCGCUUGGCGGCAUCCCUAUUACCUGGACCGCCAAUUCUACCAUGAAAGUCUGGGAUUUCGUAUGCAUAAACUCCGCGACCCAGGAAUCUAUCGCCAAGUUCAGCGUCAAUCUAUGGGCAAUGAAGCAAGUCGGCAACUUCUACUUUGAGGAGACAGAAGAGGAGGUUACGGAGGCUCUGAGAGACGAAGUUGUUGUCACAGGACUUACUCUGCUCUAUCUUAUGAUGACAAGGAUGAACAAUCCGAUUCAUUUGCUUGGUGCUGCCUUUGCGAAGCCAGGGAAGGUUGAGGGCGAUGGGAAUGAAGGUGCGGUAGCACAGGAGAAUGAGCCGUCAACUGGCAAAGCAAAAAUCAUUUGA